AUGAGCAACUUUACAACAGUGUCUGAAUUUAUUCUCCUGGGAUUCAGGGAUCAUCCAGAAAUACAAUGUCUUCUUUUUGUGGUGUUCCUAGUUGUUUAUAUGAUCACUGUUGUAGGAAAUCUUGGAAUGAUCCUAUUAAUCAAGAUCGACUCACGUCUCCACACUCCCAUGUACUUUUUCCUCAGUAACUUGUCUCUUGUUGACUUCUGUUAUUCUUCUGUCAUUGCCCCUAAUAUGCUGGUGAAUUUCUGGGUGGACAACCCAGUCAUUUCCUUUAAUGCAUGUGCCACUCAAUUCUUCUUCUUUGGCUCCUUUGCUGGCAUUGAGGGUUUUCUGUUGGCCGUGAUGGCCUAUGACCGUUAUGUGGCCAUCUGCAAGCCUCUCCUGUACACGGUCCUGAUGUCCCCCCACCUCAGUUCCCUCCUGGUGUUGGCUACUUAUUCUGCAGGCUUUAUAAAUGCUGCCAUUCACACUGGCUUCACCUUCCAGCUGUCUUACUGCCGCUCGAAUGUCAUCAACCACUUUUUCUGUGACACUCCACCUCUCCUGAAACUCUCUUGCUCUGACACACACAUCAAUGAGAUUGUCAUUUUUGCUUUUGCCAGUUUUAAUGAACUGAGCUGCCUCCUGAUGAUUUUGGUUUCCUACCUCUACAUUCUUGCUGCCAUCUUGAGGAUUCAUUCUGCAGAAGGGAGGUACAAAGCCUUCUCCACGUGUGCUUCCCACUUGACGGCGGUCACCAUCUUCUUUGGGACAAUCUUGUUCAUGUAUCUGCGUCCCAGCUCCAGCUACUCAAUGGAUCAAGACAAAGUGGUGUCUGUGUUUUACACAGUGAUCAUCCCCAUGCUAAAUCCUCUCAUCUAUAGCCUGAGAAACAAGGAAGUCAAAGCUUCCUUAAGUAAAAUUUUUCAAACAACUUCUUUCCACUUCUCUACUUAG